AUGGGUGACGCCCCAACCGACAAGGAGUAUGAGUACAUCCUCACUUCCAAGCCCGACCCGAACGUGACCCUCAUCACGCUCAAUCGGCCAAAGGCACUCAACGCGUUGAGUAACGGGCUGUUUCAUGAGCUAAACCACGCGCUUGCCCGGGCCGAGCUGGACAACGACGUAGGUGCGGUGGUACUGACUGGGAGCGAGAAGGCUUUUGCAGCCGGUGCUGACAUAAAGGAGAUGAAAGACAAGGAAUUUGCUGAUGUCUACGGCCAGAACUUCCUCUCUCACUGGACUCAGAUCACAGAAAUGAAGAAGCCUGUGAUAGCUGCUGUUAGUGGUUACGCUCUCGGGGGAGGUUGUGAGUUAGCCAUGAUGUGCGAUAUCAUCCUUGCUUCGCCCACUGCCAAGUUCGGUCAGCCAGAGAUCAACCUCGGUAUCAUUCCCGGCGCCGGAGGUACACAGCGCUUGACACGCGCCGUCGGCAAAUCCAAGGCGAUGGAGAUCGUUCUAACGGGUCGCAACAUCACCGCGCAGGAGGCUGAGGCGUGGGGUUUAGUGAGCAAGGUCGUGGGUGAGGGCGAGGGCCAGGUGGUGAAGGAAGCCUUGGAGAUGGCAAAAACCAUAGCAAGCAAAGGCCGACUUUCGGUGAUGGCUGCGAAGGAGGGGGUCAAUGCUGCAUAUGAGCUGAGUCUGCAUGAGGGGCUGCAUUUCGAGCGUCGCCUCUUUCAGAGCUUGUUCGCGACCAAGGAUCAGAAAGAAGGCACUACAGGAAUGGGCGCUUUCGCGGAGAAGCGAAAAGCCCAGUUCACGAACCAGUAG